GAGCAUUGCUUUGCAGAGGAUCUCAGAGGAGGCUGGUACUUGGGGCACUGAGCCUGGCAUCUGGGGUGCCCAGCCCCCCACCAUGAAAUGAGGGGAGCAGAGACAGGGACAGGGCAGCCAGCCUGGCCAUAGAUCUGGUGAGUACAUGCUGUCCCCUGCCAUCACUUAAUGUCACCAACAAGCCUGGUAGCGCUGUACAACGUGAGGUGUCAGACUGUGGCCCCUCUCCCCAUGCCCCCAACACCCACUUUGCCCCCCCCCCCAGAUAGCAACAGAUUGUGAUAUUGGAUAGGGGGAGCCCUGGCUCCAAUUCAACAAUGACCUCAUCCCAAUUUACAUUCUUAGUUAACCCUGUCAUUGCCAGGGGAGGGAAUAAUCUCCCAUCCUACAUACAGGGUCUACACCCCCUCCUCCUCCAGAGCAGGAGAGAGCACAUGGGUUAGGGUUACCCUGGCAUUAAACCACCAUGGUGUCUCAGCUGGGGAUGUGGCCUGGGCAGAUAGAUUAUCAUCUAGAUAGGGACUGUUAUUGCUAAGGGGCUAUUUACUAAGCAGUGCUGUAUAACUGAAUGGCAACAUUCAGGACAAAAUAACUGAUUUGGAGGAAAAAUCCCUAAGUCAGCUGUGCUAACUGCUUGAGUAUUUUACUCUGCAUUUUUUAAUUUGGCCUUCAGAUUACCAUUAUACACUGUAUAUGGAUGAACAUCUAUUUGAGUAAAAUUUAGCCAACCUUGAUUAGGGACCUCUGAUAUGACAUUACAUUUGACAGAAUAUUUCUAUGUUUUGUUUACCAAUGAUGAUACAGCGCUGUGGCAUAUGUUGGAACUAUUCAAGUAAAAUAAUUUCUGGAUUGGAUUCAUAUUUUCUGAUAUCCAAGUGAAUAUUUGCACUUGCACGUCCAAUUUUCUUCCAAAAUGAUAGAUAUACGCAGCAGGCCUCAUUGCUGUUCCAUAUCUUAGAGACUAACCAAAUUUUGUUUUAUUUAAUAGUAUUGUACAUGUAAUAAUGUACAUAAUAUUCCAUAUAUGAGGUGCUGAGCUGGAAGGAUGUAAUGGAACAUUUUGUGGUUUUGGGUGCUGGCAUAGAGGGGUGUUUUAAAAAAAAACAAAACAAAAAUAUUCUGCAGGUCUAAAUGCAGACAGAUUACAGGAACAUUCUAACAUUCAAAAUACAUUUAUCUAUUUUAAAAUCAGUUGUGUUCCUUUUUUAGUUUAGAUUAUAUGCCUCUAAUUGUUAAAAUGGCUACAAAAUGCAAUUAAACAUCGCUGUAAUCUCAGGUCCAGUCAAAUACUUCUAUUAGAGGAGCAUUGAGGGCACAUGGCGCAUGUGCAGAUAUCCAUCAGUUUGCUACCUCUCAUAUGAGAAGCAUUGGGCAUGUUAGGCGUCAUCGUGGCCUGAAACACGUGGGAUGUAUAGAAGCAGCGGCUCUAGUGACAGUUAGUCUGACAGUCAUUAGAGGCUUGUUUUUGGCAAAAUGUCAGCUUUAUCAUCUCUUUGAAAUAGCAAUAGCGUUAUAAAUAAAAAGGACAAUAUCUAUUUUCCAAAAUUACUCUGUCAAGAUGAAGCGCCUAUAAGUAUACAUCCAAAAAGUCUUCACAAAUCUUAAUGUCGAGCUGUUUGUGAAAAAUGGCAAUUAUUGCAUUUUGCCAAAAAUGCACCUCUAGUAACAGACUGACAGCCACUAAGACUUCCCCCACUAUGCUUCACAUAUAGCACUUGAUUGGAAUACAGCGAUGACCAUGCAUGCGCAACAGGCCCUUAAUGCUUCUCUGUGAGAAACCUCUGAUUGGGCGUCUGUGAGGAGAUGGUCCUAGCACUAAACUACAGCUAAACUUUAUGGCUUUUAUUAAAAAAAACAUUUUGUUUUGUUUUGUUGUUAAGAGUGACCUUAACUCAAAACUUGCUAACACUCAAACUAUAAAUUUAUGUUGAAGUGUUCGUUUGAAGUACAAAUUAUUGUAUAAGAGUAAAUUCCUUGCAUUAUUCAGCACACAUUUUGCAUUAUUUAUGUUGGGAUUGUUUAUAUUUUACAUUCUAUCAUUCUGUAUUAGGUAAACACAUUAUGAAAAAUAACCGCAUUUUCUGCAGCAUUGUACAAUAAAUGGAGUGUACACCAAAUAUUUGCGAUAAGUUGGACAUUCAAGAAGAGACAUUAGUGAUGACCUUGACCAUACCAGCUUACUGUUUCAAUGUUUUAUUUGAAUAGAAUAUAAACAUAGCUGUAUCAGUAAGUUUGUAAAUUGCUUUCAAAAACCGUUUAGUUUAUAGCAGCCCUGGCCCUUGGAAUGCUGUGUGAGAUCCCGUGGCACGAACUGUGUGUAACUGACUGUACAGCCUUAAUUUAAAGGAAUUGUUUAGAAAUCCUGUAUCUGUACUUUUAUUGUUUCACAUCACUGGUCUAUACGCUCCGUCGUACCUCCCCAGCCUUCCUGUAGCCAAUCACAACACGGGGUCUCUUCACUAGAUGGUGAGUUGUGAUGAACGGAAAACUGAUUUGACAUUUUUUUAACAAAAUAGCACAAUUGAUAUUAGUCUCCAUUGGAGCUGAAUGGAGGAUUAUUGCAAAUUGAUCCUUUUUCCCUAAAUGUUAGGGGAAAAAAGUCACAUCACUAUUUGGUAAAUAAACCCUAACGACUGCAACGCUUUCUCCAUUGUUUACAACUUCCCAGGUGUCACAUGUCGAACUGGUUAGUUAUACCUUCCUCUCACUACAAUUCGCAUUACUCGCUUUCUGUACAUCGAAGAGCUUCGUUAGCAGUAUUCUGUAUUAACAGGCAAGUCCCUUAACUAAUCAUCUACCUCACAUAACAUAACCUCAUUGGACGAUCUCAUUUAUAAGAAGAUAUCACACAACCCCACAAAGUGCACAGUUUACAAAAUUGGCAGCUGGCUUUUAAACCCUUCAGGAUCCAAGUCAGUCAAGUCAGAAUUUUUCAGUCAAAAGCAACUGAUGUCUCUGCUUGAACAAAUGACUGUUGAGAAUCAAUUAAAGGGACACACCAAGCACCCUAACCACUGCUGUUUAUUGUAGUGGUUGUGAUGCAACUAAGCUGUGGGUGCGCCCCCCUGUGUUUUUAUGAAUGUUUACUAACAGGCGCGUUAUGGGUAGCGGUGAAUUGUCAUUAACCCCUUGAUCAUUAAUUGAUCUUUUGGGAUCUCGUACGAUCACCUGGGCUGUGCAAGGUAAGUAAUGAGUGCUCAUUGUAUUAUUAAACUUAGAGUUACAGUUAGGGUUAGAUGUAAAGGGGAACUUCUCUGAAAGUGACAGUUUAUUCUUCCUCCAAGUGAAGCAAUUUUAGCUUUUACCAGAGUGAGCAUAGCCGUGUAGAUAAGCUCUAACGCUCUUAAUCUCUGCUGUAGUUCUACGGCAGGGGAUGUAAAUUAAAAACAAUUAAACUAGUAAGCUUUUUUUUUAAAUGAAUAGCACAAUCAGUGGCUCAUUUUAAGUUAGAUAUUCAGUUCUGCAGAUUUCUUCCUAGUGACUACAACUUCCCAAUAAGUCUUCAAUGAGAUGAGAAGUUAUGGGGGUUGGAGUGUUCCUUUAAAUUUGGAAAUUCAUAACUGGGUCACAAUUAGGGUUAGAGUAACCUCUAGGGUUCAUUUUGAUGUUGGGGUAGACUAAGAUUUGGUCAUACCUAAUUUGCCCCUUCAUUUAAUGACCUUAUUUCACUCACCUUGCAGGAGCGUGCCAAGCAACCCCUUCUGUGUAACUAUAACAUAACAACAGCAAUACAACCCCUAACAUUUCCAGUACCCUUCUAUCCUAGGUAAAUUAAGGUUCCGGUACUCUCCUGUCCUAGGAGAAUAAAGGUUCGGGUACUCUCCUAUAUUGGGGGAAUAAAGGUUCCGGUACUCUCCUAUACUGGGGGAAUAAAGAUUUCGGUACUCUCCUAUACUGUGGGAAUAAAGGUUCCGGUACUCUCCUAUACUGGAGGAAUAAAGGUUCCGGUACUCUCCUAUACUGGGGGAAUAAAGGUUCCGGUACUCUCCUAUACUGGGGGAAUAAAGGUUCCGGUACUCUCCUAUACUGGGGGAAUAAAGGUUCCGGUACUCUCCUAUACUGGGGGAAUAAAGGUUCCAGUACUCUCCUAUACUGGGGGAAUAAAGGUUCCGGUACUCUCCUAUACUGGGGGAAUAAAGGUUCCGGUACUCUCCUAUACUGGGGGAAUAAAGGUUCCGGUACUCUCCUAUACUGAAGGAAUAAAGGUUCCGGUACCCUCCUAUACUGGAGGAAUAAAGGUUCCGGUACUCUCCUAUACUGGGGGAAUAAAGGUUCCGGUACUCUCCUAUACUGGGGGAAUAAAGGUUCCGGUACCCUCCUAUACUGGAGGAAUAAAGGUUCCGGUACUCUCCUAUACUGGAGGAAUAAAGGUUCCGGUACUCUCCUAUACUGGGGGAAUAAAGGUUCCGGUACUCUCCUAUAAAGGUUCUAUUCUAUACUGGGGGAAUAAAGGUUCCGGUACUCUCCUAUACUGGGGGAAUAAAGGUUCCUGUACUCUCCUAUACUGGGGGAAUAAAGGUUCCUGUACUCUCCUAUACUGGGGGAAUAAAGGUUCCGGUACUCUCCUAUACUGGGGGAAUUAAGGUUCCGGUACUCUCUUAUACUGGGGGAAUAAAGGAUCUGGUACUCUCCUAUACUGGGGGAAUAAAGGAUCCGAUACUCUCCUAUACUGGAGGAAUAAAGGAUCCGAUACUCUCCUAUACUGGGGGAAUAAAGGUUCCGGUACUCUCCUAUACUGGGGGAAUAAAGGUUCUGGUACUCUCUUAUACUGGGGGAAUAAAGGUUCCAGUACUCUCCUAUACUGGGGGAAUAAAGGUUCCGGUGCUCUCCUAUACUGGGGGAAUAAAGGUUCCGGUACUCUCUUAUACUGGGGGAAUAAAGGUUCCAGUACUCUCCUAUACUGGGGGAAUAAAGGUUCCGGUGCUCUCCUAUACUGGGGGAAUAAAGGUUCCAGUACUCUCCUAUACUGGGGGAAUAAAGGUUCCGGUACUCUCUUAUACUGGGGGAAUAAAGGAUCUGGUACUCACCUAUACUGGGGGAAUAAAGGUUCCAGUACUCUCCUGUCCUAGAGAAUAAAGGUUCAUGUGCUCUCCUAUACUGGGGGAAUAAAGGUUCCGGUACUCUUCUAUACUGGAGGAAUAAAGGUUCUGUUACUCUCCUGUCCUAGGGGAAUAAAGGUUCCAGUACUCUCCUCUCCUAGGAGAAUAAAGGUUCCCGUAGUCUUCUAUAUUGGGGGAAUAAAGAUUCCGGUACUCUCUUAUACUGGGGGAAUAAAGGAUCUGGUACUCGCCUAUACUGGAGUAAUAAAGGUUCCAGUACUCUCCUAUACUGGGGGAAUAAAGAUUCCGGUACUCUCCUAUACUGGGGGAAUAGAGGUUUCGGUACUCUCCUAUACUGGGGGAAUAAAGGUUCCAGUACUCUCCUCUCCUAGGAGAAUAAAGGAUCCGAUACUCUCCUAUACUGGGGGAAUAAAGAUUCCGGUACUCUCUUAUACUGGGGGAAUAAAGGAUCUGGUACUCGCCUAUACUGGGGGAAUAAAGGAUCUGGUACUCGCCUAUACUGGGGGAAUAAAGAUUCCGGUACUCUCCUAUACUGGGGGAAUAAAGGUUCCGGUACUCUCCUGUCCUAGAGAAUAAAGGUUCCGGUACUCUCCUAUACUGGGGGAAUAAAGGUUCCGGUACUCUCCUGUCCUAGAGAAUAAAGGUUUCGGUACUCUCCUAUACUGGAGGAAUAAAGGUUUCCGGUACUCUCCUGUCCUAGGAGAAUAAAGGUUCCCGUACUCUUCUAUACUGGUGGAAUAAAGAUUCUGGCACUCUCCUAUACUGGGGGAAUAAAGAUUCCGGUACUCUCCUGUCUUAGGGAAAUAAAUGUUCCACUACUGUCCCAUACUGGGGGAAUAAAGGUUCCGGUACUCUCCUAUACUGUGGGAAUAAAGGUUCCAGUACUCUCCUGUCUUAGAGAAUAAAGGUUCCGGUACUCUCCUAUACUGGGGGAAUAAAGGUUCCGGUACUCUCCUAUACUGGGGGAAUAAAGGUUCCGGUACUCUCCUGUCUUAGAGAAUAAAGGUUCCGGUACUCUCCUGUCUUAGAGAAUAAAGGUUCCGGUACUCUCCUAUACUGGGGGAAUAAAGAUUCCGGUACUCUCCUGUCUUAGGGAAAUAAAUGUUCCACUACUGUCCCAUACUGGGGGAAUAAAGGUUCCGGUACUCUCCUAUACUGGGGGAAUAAAGGUUCCAGUACUCUCCUGUCUUAGAGAAUAAAGGUUCCGGUACUCUCCUAUACUGGGGGAAUAAAGGUUCCGGUACUCUCCUAUACUGGGGGAAUAAAGGUUCCGGUACUCUCCUGUCUUAGAGAAUAAAGGUUCCGGUACUCUCCUGUCUUAGAGAAUAAAGGUUCCGGUACUCUCCUAUACUGGGGGAAUAAAGGUUCCGGUACUCUCCUGUCCUAGGGGAAUAAAGGUUCCCGUACUCUUCUAUACUGGGGGAAUAAAGAUUCUGGUACUCGCCUAUACUUGGGUAAUAAAGGAUCCAGUAUUCUCCUAUACUGGGGGAAUUAAAAUUGCAAUGUGUUUUAUAAUCACCCCAAUGGAAAAUGCAUCCCCUCUUUGAGCACACCUCUGGCACUGAAUGGGUUAAACAUGGUAUGUUUAAGGAUUUUACAUAUAAGGUUUAGAGUACAAAUAAAUUACACCAGUUUGUCCUGCAUGGAGGCCAUACUGUGCCAUGUGCUAAUCUGUGUCAUUUUUAUCAGCACGCAAGAGGUUAAAGCUUUUUCCCCCAAAUAUAAAGAUUAGUUUAAAUAGAAGCACAGAUAUUCAUGCCAAAAUGAGUUCCAUUUAAAGGGAAAUCACAUCAUAGAAGCUCCAAAUGAUAACGGCUGUGGCUUUAUUCACCCACAAUAUCUGCUUUAAAGUGUUAUCUUGCAGAAUUCACAUUAUUAUCAAACCAUCACUGCUGAACUGUGGUGAUACCUGCUAACUUUAGAGCGAGGUCCCCAUGUUGAGGGCGGCCACAGAUUUUUGGUGACCACUGUGAAUUUAGAAAGAAUCCCGUGUGUCGCGGGUUGAGAGAUUCCUCCAGGAAGACCUCUUCCAGCUGAUUCAGGUUCCCGCUAGUCAGUGGAGGGGGCAGGAGAAUUGUGAGGAAACCUGUUACAUCCUUCAUUUUUACAUUAAAUCCUUUGAAGAAAAACUUAAGACCCCUCGCAGUGUUUUACCUUUGUAUGAUUUGACAUGUUAAAUUAUACUCACCGCCCCCCACCCCCCCUCAACAUCCCUUCUAUCCAACUUGCCUUCAGAGGCUUUGGCCAGAUUUACAAAAUUAGUGACAAGUUGGCUUUUUUCCUUUGUUAUUUUUACACUUUUUAUAAAUGCAAAAAAAAAGUAUUGUUUAGGGACAUCUUUUUUCCAUAAUGACAUUAAUUCCCCCAAUACACACAUACUUAUAGCAAUAUAGAGGUAGUUCAGUAACAAGGCAUUUAUAGAAGAAAAACAAUACGAAUAAAAAACUUGUGUCUGGGUGACCGAGUUUGUAGCAAAGCAGAUGUUUUAGAUAAUCUUGAUGUUUCAACACGCUCCCACAAACCCAUAAAAUGACCGAUUUCUGCUUUGUGUGUGUUGUUGUUUUUACCAUUUUCUUUUGAAACCUUUUAGGUUCAAUGACAAGUCUAGAUUGCGAUGAUAGCAAAUCAUUUGCCUCACGCUGGUGCUGAAAGGGUUAAGGUGCACGUGACAUAGAGAAAUAUUUUAAUGGCGCUAUGUCAGCGGGCUUUUAAUGUCGGCACGUCUGCAAUUUAACAAAAUAAUAAUUUGGUAGAUUCGCUUUUAUGAUUUGUUUGCACUUUGUUGGAAGUAAAAAUGAAUGGAUUCCGCCCAGAUUGAAACCUGCAGCUGUGUGGCUUGAACCAUUCCUGUAUAUAUAUUUAUUGGCCUAACCUCUGACUUUAGUACUGGUCCGGGUCUAUUUUUCACCAUGAAUACAUAGUGUUCUUUAAUAAUAAAAACAUAUUCACAAUAUCUACUUGUACUCUAAAAUGGAGAUAUAAAACUGGCCCUGUAUUGGUAUGUGCGUGUGUUUUCUGCGUCAAUCCUUCCGUAGUCCAGCUUUUCCGUGUUUGCUGUCGUCACUGUAAGUGUACAGAAACACGGUAGAGGUAGGUGCACCGCAUGAGACAGGCCCGGUGUAUACCACUGUCAUGUUCUGUCUGGGAAGCACUAUCUCCUGCCCCCGGAUAUAGAAAGGAAUAGAACAUACUAGGGUUAUCGGUUACCCUAGGGGUUAAAUAAAUGUACAAUAAAUAAUAACAGAAUAGAUUUAGGUUUGAAUAUGAACAAAAACAAAACCAUUUAAAAACAAUAGUCAUAGAAGUCACAGUUCUUUCUUAAAAAUACAUUACAGACAGUAAUGCGUGAGAUUACGCACUUAUUCACUAAUAAUCCUGUAUAUUUCUGUAUAUACGCCAUGUUUACUAAUUAUCAUGUAUGUCGCUGUGUAUACACCAUGUUCACUAAUUACCCUGUAUAUAGCUGUGUAUACACAGUGUUCACUAAUUAUCCUGUAUACGCCAUGUUCACUAAUUAUCUUGUAUACACCAUGUUCACUAAUUAUCCUGUAUAUCGCUGUGCAUAUACACAAGUUCACUAAUUAUCCUGUAUAUCGCUGUGUAUACACCAUGUUCACUAAUUACCCUGUAUAUAGCUGUGUAUACACCAUGUUCACUAAUUAUCCUGUAUAUCGCUGUGCAUACACCCUGUUCACUAAUUAUCCUGUAUAUCUCUGUGCAUACACCAUGUUCACUAAUUAUCCUGUAUAUCUCUGUGCAUACACCAUGUUCACUAAUUAUCCUGUAUAUCGCUGUGCAUAUACACAAGUUCACUAAUUAUCCUGUAUAUCUCUGUGCAUACACCAUGUUCACUAAUUAUCCUGUAUAUCGCUGUGCAUACACCAUGUUCACUAAUUAUCCUGUAUAUCUCUGUGCAUACACCAUGUUCACUAAUUAUCCUGUAUAUCGCUGUGCAUACACCAUGUUCACUAAUUAUCCUGUAUAUCUCUGCGCAUACACCAUGUUCACUAAUUAUCCUGUAUAUCGCUGUGUAUACACAAAUGUUCACUAAUUACCCUGUAUAUUGGUGUGUGUUUUUAGUAAAUAACUCUAGCAAUCAAGGUGUGUAUUUAUUCCAAAUGACUCGAAUCAUUUUACUAUAUUAAGUAAAACGCCAGUAUCCAUGACCUGUGUUUUCCUAAUUACCAGCUGUUCCUCUCAGACUAAUUCAUUGUUACUCCAAAGACAGAAUAUAGAACAUAUGCAUUCACUGUGUUGUUAUGGUGCCAGGGAUUGAAAUAUAGACACCCUAUAGGCAUGUAUGUUGGAAAGCCGUACAUCAAGACUACAAAGCUCUAAUAGACUGCAGUGUCAUUACAGAAAAACAGCAUCCAGUACAGCGCCUGGCACACUGCUGUACCCAGUGUAGAGACACAGUGCUGCAGUAUGCUCUGUGCUGUGGGUUAGCCACCUUUAUUCUAACAUCCCCUAAUUAUUGUUUCCUAUUGUACAGCGCUACACAAUAUGUUGGUGGUUUAUAAAUUAUUGUAAUAAUCACAGAGAACAAAAAAAAUGUCUCUAAAUAGAAGAUCAGGUUUAUUUCAGUGGACAAUGAGUAAGAGUAUUAACAAGUAAUUUGUCAGAAACAUAGAAACAUAGAAUGUGACGGCAGAUAAGAACCAUUCGGCCCAUCUAGUCUGCCCAAUUUUCUAAAUACCUUCAUUAGUCCCUGGCCUUAUCUUAUAGUUAGGAUAGCCUUAUGCCUAUCCCACGCAUGCUUAAACUCCUUUACUGUGUUAACCUCUACCACUUCAGCUGGAAGGCUAUUCCAUGCAUCCACUACCCUCUCAGUAAAGUAAUACUUCCUGAUAUUAUUUUUAAACCUUUGCCCCUCUAAUUUAAGACUAUGUCCUCUUGUUGUGGUAGUUUUUCUUCUUUUAAAUAUAGUCUCCUCCUUUACUGUGUUGAUUUACUCACCACAGCGCUGUUUGCUGACAGAACAAAACAUCAGUCUCUCUAGAACUUUUUAAUUCAAUGUAGAAUGUCCUAUUGGGCAUUGCUCAUUAGGUGCCCCCUAAAAUGCAGGAUCAUAGUGUUAAACUUAUCUGAAACCUAGCACCAUACAAAGCUCCCGGCGUUCCUCUCUACGCCUCGUUCUGAUGUCACUGACUCCCUCAUACGGUCCAAUCAAAUGCUUCUCAAAGAGAGUAAUACCAAAUAUCCCUGUAUGUGCUGUGUUUUAAGCAGAGGUACCGCACAUACAGAUUACUACCACCAUGACCACUUUUAAAAGCAGAAGUGGUCUUGGGGGUUAGAAUAACCGUUUUAGCCGACAUUAAUAAUACAUGAUUUAAAGGAAACGCUACAGUGUUAGGUAUACAAUAUACAAACCUGUAUUUCUAAUGCGGCAGUGAUGGAGUAAAUGUUUAGGUUACCGACUACCUUAGAAUAGAGUUAAAAGGUAUUUAAACUUACCUUUUCUCCAUCGCCGUGCUGAUCUCGCCACGGCUGGCUCCGCCUCCAUGGUUGACCUUGUCAAUGUUCUAGAAAAGCGUUGGGAGCCUAUUGCAGCAAUACACCAUACUGUGCCAGUCAGCAUCUCCUCAUAGCGAUGUUUUGAUCAAUGCAUCUCUAUGGGAAACAUUCAGUGUCUCCAUGCACAGUGUGGAGACGCUGAAUGUAGGUGCUGUACACUGCGCAGGACUGGACUAGGAAGCACUUCUAGUGGCCGUCUGAGUGACUGCACCUAGAGGUGUUAGGCAGAAAAAUAAAAACUGCAAUGUUUACAUUGGUGGGUCUGCAGGGACAGGCUGUAGACACCAGAACCACUACAUUAAAGGGACCCUCUGGGCAACCAGACUACUUUUUGACAUUAACGUGGUCCCUUUUGCCCUUAGUCCUGCAAUGUAAGUUUUAGAGUAACCGCAAUGACAGCAGUAAGACAGUCGCUAGUGGCUGUGUACCAGACUCUGCAUAGAGGACAUCCAGUGUGAAGGUAACUAUAUAGUGUUAGGUAUACCACUUUGUACAUCUAACACUAUAGGCUAACCUUUAAGCUGUAGUGUUUUCUGAGCUUUUUCUGUUUUUUUAUUUAUUAGGAUUGAUGUUUGGGACCAUAUUUAACAAAUUCUUUUGGGCUAUUACACAUUUCAUUCAUUAUUAGUGGAAUAUUCUGUAAGCGGAUUCCUGGUUAAAGGACGUUACAGCAAUCGUUGUACCAUAACUGUGAAUUAGAAAGCAUGUAUUCCAUACUUUAAGUGCAGUUUUAGACAUGGCUGAUGGCCUAAAGCACAUUCAUAGAAAGUGGUAUCAGAUCUCUUUUAUCUUGUGUAAACAGGAACUUUAUGAUAUUUUAAUUUACUGGAACUGUAUUGCGUCGUGUGCUAUAUUUGAUUGCAUGUUACUGAAUUACAGUAUGAGCGGUAACUGUGAAUUGCAGUGUGAAUGGUAACCUAUGAAUUACAAUAGGAUGGGUAACUGUGAAUUACAGUAUGAAUGGAAACUGUGAAUUACUGUAUGAUGGGAAACUGUGAAUUACAGUAUGAAGGGGCACUGUGAAUUACAGUAUGAGUGGUAACUGUGAAUUACAAUAUGAAGGGGCACUGUGAAUUACAUUAUGAACGGUAACUGUGAAUUACAGUAUGAAGGGGCACUGUGAAUUACAGUAUGUUUGGUAACUGUGAAUUACAGUAUGAAGGGUAACUGUGAAUUACAGUAUGAUGGGAAACUGUGAAUUAUGUGAAUUACAAUAUGAUGGGAAACUGUGAAUUACAGUAUGUUUGGUAACUGUGAAUUACAUUAUGAACGGUAACUGUGAAUUACAGUAUGAUGGGAAACUGUGAAUUAUAUGAAUUACAGUAUGAUUGGAAACUGUGAAUUACAGUAUGAACGUUAACUGUUAACUGUAUGAUGGGCAAACUAUUAGUCCCCGAAAAGCCUUCUGUUAGUUUUAAAUAAAAUCUCCAAAACCUGUGUAGAUCACCACUUUCCUACUGAGAGAUGGGACUCACAGGGGGGACCUGAGUCCAGUAUAUAGAAUGGAUAGAUUCUGAUAAACAUUGUGCCCUGAGAGCAGCUCAAUCACAUGGAAAUUCCAGCUCUUAAAGAACUCCAGAAAAGCUUAGUCCUGGCUGUGCCGUGAGAUUUAGGAUAGGGAUUUUUAAGAUUUAAUAAAGAUGUCUUUUUAUGCACAUGUUGUAUAUAUCCUGCUUAUUCAUCCUAUAUCCAGCAGAUUUUAUUUUUCUCUGCAUAUGAGAGCAAAAAAGUAUUGUCACUGAUAAAUAGUGCUUAAAAUAAAUCCGCUACCAUGUGUGUAUAUAUAGAGCGAGAUUCUUUAUUUAUGAUUUAUGACAUUGUUUUAGAUUUAUAUAUCCUUAGUAAAUAUACUGCAUAUAUAGAGCGAGAUUCUUUAUUUAUGAUUUAUCACAUUGUUUUAGAUUUAUAUAUCCUUAGUAAAUAUACUGCAUAUAUAGAGCGAGAUUCUUUAUUUAUGAUUUAUCACAUUGUUUUAGAUUUAUAUAUCCUUAGUAAAUAUACUGCAUAUAUAGAGCGAGAUUCUUUAUUUAUGAGAUUGUUUUAGAUUUCUAUAUACUGUAUAUAUAGAGUGAGAUUCUUUAUAUAUUUUUAUAAAUACUUUGUAUUUUUGCAGUAUCUGUAAUCGGGUGUUGAGCUCUUUAAAUCCCACCUUAUUGCUCAGCGACAUCAGUGGUUAUAGUAGCUCUCGAUUCACACAUCCCUGUUCAGUUCAGAGAGUUCAUAAGUGAAUGAAUGGCGUUAGAGGUCACUCUCCUGACACAAUCUUCACUUUCUAUAGUUUAACAAAACGGAAACAAGCUGACAGCAUCACAAUCUUCUCCAGAUGUACGAAAAAAACACAAAUCCCGAUUAACAUCUGCAAAGAACCAGAAAGUGGCUGAGACCAGACAAUGAUUUUAAAUGGCAGCAGUACAGCGGCAAUGAUAAUGGCGACUUCCAUUCUAUAGAUGUAGAAAGACAAGUUCCCAGAAUGCCUUGCUCAGCGCCUUGAAAUGUUUGCAAGUCACACUAGUCGUAGCAUAGAGUUACAGGGAUUGCAAAUUAAAAAACUAUUGCACAAAAAGUACCGUAGUUACCAUGGCAACAAUGGAAUAAUCUCGCUGAUUGUGCCCUUUUUUCCCCAAUUUCUCUUUAAAAAUAAGUGCAGUGUCUAAGUGAUGGAGACACAGAUAUCCGAGGAAGCUCUUUCUGUCUGUCACCCUCGGAGCUGUACAGACACAUUCAGCGCUCGCUGUGCGGUUUGGCAGUGAAUUGGUUAAUGUUCUGCAUUUCAGCACAGACAGUAAUUAGCACAAUUCUCUGCUGUCCAUGCGAACAUCCAGCAAUCUGAGACGUAAUUAACACCCCGGCUGCUUGUUAUACAGCUCUGGAGCAAUGUUCCUGUCUGUGCCGUGUUAGAGAGAGAUCUUAAGGCUAUACUGGCAGUCUGUCUGUCCGUCUGUCAGGAUGAUGUGUAAAAGACUGGGAUGGGAUCUAGUUCAGUCAUGUAAUUGGUACUAAAGGGGAUCUAUGUGAUUGGGUGAUAAUAGGGCAAGGGGGGGGGGGGCGGUGUCCCAACCAAACCACUGUACAUGAUGUUAGGAUAAAAAUAUAGGUUGUGCGCAUCACACCCACCACAAGAAAAUAAGGAACUGCAAACAACUGUGUUAUUUAUUUUCACAUUCCUGGGCCACCAGGCCAUUAUGUCCCUUGGCAACCAGUCCAUUGGCCAUCAGUCAGUGACCUCACUAGGCCUCUGCUCCUUCACUUAACUGGGUCUCUAUCCCGGGGACACCAGCUCGGUAUAUCCCGGGGACACCAACUCAGUAUAUCCCUGGGCCACCAACUCAGUAUAUCCCUGUCAGUAUAUCCCUGUGCCACCAGCUCGGUAUAUCCCUGGGCCACCAACUCAGUAUAUCACUGGGCCACCAACUCAGUAAAUCCCUGGGCCACCAGCUCAGUAAAUCCUUGGGCCACCAACUCGGUAUAUCACUGGGCCACCAGCUUGGUAUAUGCCUGGGCCACCAGCUCAGUAUAUCCCUGGGCCACCAGCUCGGUAUAUCCCUGGGCCACCAACUCGGUAUAUCCCUGGGCCACGAACUCAGUAUAUCCCUGGGCCAGUAAUUCAUCAAAUGACUAAGACUAUAAUGGGACUAAUAAUACCUGAUACAAUAUCAUCAUCUUGUUAUUUUGUAUGCUUUACUUUAUAUACCAAUGCCUUGCCUCGAACCUUGUUAUGCCAAGUGCAUUGUCACCACACAGUUAGAGAUGUAACGCAGGAAAUAAAGAGAGAAUAGUUAUGAACAUCUGUAUGUACGGCCUCCUUUGUUAUGACCUAUGUUGUUUCUGGAUUGAUGUUUCUUGUGACCAGGCCACCGGCGACAUUGUAGUAUAGGAGUCGUGGAUCUGUGCACAGUAGCCUUGGCAGUAAUGGCUGGCACACAGCGGGCGGUUAAACAUUGAGGGAACAGAGACAGAGGCAGCUGUGUACCAGCAUGAUGGGGGUGUCAGACUAUUUGUCAGGACAGAAUAUAAUAGAUGGGGGGUAACAGCAUGCAUCCUCUGCCACUGCUCGUCAGUGUGUGGGAUUAUAUGUGCUUUUAGUAUAGAUGGUAAUUGGGAGAAAGCGCUCCUACAUGUUUACAAUGUAGCGAAGAUAAAACCGUGCGCUGUGGGGUGUGUCCGGGGGUGGCGCAAUAUGACUUACAUUUAUGUCUGCUAUAGUGUGUGACACAUGAAAUCUCCACAAUUUUCAGAUGGUUCUGUAAAAUAACUAACAGGACGUAUUAAAGAAAUAGAGGAUCAAACUACACAGUAGUGUAGGAAAUAUACACCAAAUAUAAUUUUUAACUGUUUGCCCAAAUCUGUACUGUUUACACAAUAAAAGAUUGUGGGUUGGAGGUUCCUCUGGACCCUUCUUUAAUUCACUAUGAAGAUGGCAAGUCAAAAAUAUUAGAACAAUAUUAAUAUUAUAUUACUCUGAAUGGGAUCUCUGAUUACCUUGUAUAACUUCUUGGUUUAUAAUCAUGUUCUAUUAAUUCCCGCCCAGCAGGGGUUUAUGAUCACAUUCUAUUAUUUCCCGCCCAGCAGGGGUUUAUGAUCACGUUCUAUUAAUUCCCGCCCAGCAGGGCUUUAUGAUCACAUUCUAUUAAUUCCCGUCCAGCAGGGGUUUAUGAUCACAUUCUAUUAAUUCCCGCCCAGCAGGGGUUUAUGAUCACGUUCUAUUAAUUCCCGCCCAGCAGGAGUUUAUGAUCACGUUCUAUUCCCCGCCCAGCAGGGGUUUAUGAUCACGUUCUAUUAAUGCCCGUCCAGCAGGGGUUUAUGAUCAGGUUCUAUGAAUUCCCGCCCAGCCAGGGUUUAUGAUCAGGUUCUAUUAAUUCCCGCCCAGCAGGGGGUUUAUGAUCACGUUCUAUUAAUGUCCAUCCAGCAGGGGUUUAUGAUCACGUUCUAUUAAUGUCCGUCCAGCAGGGGUUUAUGAUCACGUUCUAUUAAUUCCCGCCCAGCAGGAGUUUAUGAUCACGUUCUAUUAAUCCCUGCCCAGCAGGGGUUUAUGAUCAGGUUCUAUUAAUUCCCGCCCAGCAGGGGUUUAUGAUCAGGUUCUAUGAAUUCCCGCCCAGCAGAGGUUUAUAAUCACGUUCUAUUAAUGUCCGUCCAGCAGGGGUUUAUGAUCAGGUUCUAUGAAUUCCCGCCCAGCAGGGGUUUAUGAUCACGUUCUAUUAAUGUCCGUCCAGCAGGGGUUUAUGAUCACGUUCUAUUAAUUCCCGCCCAGCAGGGGUUUAUGAUCAGGUUCUAUUAAUUCCCGCCCAGCAGGGGUUUAUGAUCAGGUUCUAUUAAUCCCUACCCAGCAGCGGUUUAUGAUUAGGUUCUGUCAUUUCCCGCCCAGCAGGAGUUUAUGAUCACGUUCUAUUCCCACCCAGAUGGGGUUUAUGAUCACGUUCUAUUAAUUCCCGCCCAGCAGGGGUUUAUGAUCAUGUUCUAUUAAUUCCCGCCCAGCAGGGGUUUAUGAUCACAUUCUAUUAAUUCCCGCCCAGCAGGGGUUUAUGAUCACGUUCUAUUAAUACCCACCCAGCAGGGGUUUAUGGUCAGGUUCUAUUGAUUCCCGCCCAGCAGGGGUUUAUGGUCACGUUCUAUUGAUUCCCACCCAGCAGGGGUUUAUGAUCACGUUCUAUUAAUUCCCGUCCAGCAGGGGAUUAUGGUCACGUUCUAUUGAUUCCCGCCCAGCAGGGGUUUAUGAUCAUGUUCUAUUAAUUCCCGCCCAGCAGGGUUUAUGAUCACAUUCUAUAAUUCCCGCCCAGCAGGGUUUAUGAUCACAUUCUAUAAUUCCCACCCAGCCAGGGUUUAUGAUCACCUUCUAUUAAUUCCUGCCCAGCAGGGGUUUAUGAUCACGUUCUAUUAAUACCCGCCCAGCAGGGGUUUAUGAUCACGUUCUAUUAAUACCCACCCAGCAGGGGUUUAUGGUCACGUUCUAUUGAUUCCCGCCCAGCAGGGGUUUAUGGUCACGUUCUAUUGAUUCCCACCCAGCAGGGGUUUAUGAUCACGUUCAAUGAAUUCCCACCCAGCAGAGGUUUAUGAUCACGUUCUAUUAAUUCCCUCCCAGCAGGGUUUAUGAUCACGUUCUAUUAAUUUCCGCCCAGCAGGGUUUAUGAUCACGUUCUAUUAAUUCCCGCCCAGCAGGGUUUAUGAUCACAUUCUAUUAAUUCCCGCCCAGCAGGGUUUAUGAUCACGUUCUAUUAAUUCCCGUCCAGCAGGGGUUUAUGAUCACGUUCUAUUAAUUCCCGCCCAGCAGGGGUUUAUGAUCAGGUUCUAUUAAUUCCCGCCCAGCAGGGGUUUAUGAUCAGGUUCUAUUAAUUCCCGCCCAGCAGGGUUUAUGAUCACGUUCUAUUAAUUCCCGCCCAGCAGGGUUUAUGAUCACGUUCUAUUAAUUCCCGCCCAGCAGGGUUUAUGAUCACGUUCUAUUAAUUCCCGUCCAGCAGGGGUUUAUGAUCACAUUCUAUUAAUUCCCGCCCAGCUAAGGUUUAUGGAAUCAAAGCCAUUGUGCACGCCCCUGGACCAUGCGUCUAGAGGAGCUGAUAUUAAAACUGAUCAGUUUACACUCCUGAUAAUGUAGAAAUGGUGAUAUUUGUUUUAUGGUGUCCUGUAACGUGGUUCAUGUGAGCACUUUAUCGUUUCAUUAAAAAAAUAUAUAUAUAUAUCCCCUCUCCUCCCCUGUAUUUCUUAAGUAAUAGAUCGGAAGUGAAUUGCCCUAUUUGCUUGUAAGAGCAGUGAGCACAGGUGGUGGGGCUCAGGGGAGGACCGGGAAAGCAGAAAUUAAAACCACACGCUGAUUGGUUACUUUAGGAAACAGCAGAAAGAUUUGCAACUUUCCUGGACGUGAACAGCUUUCUAAAUGGAAAAUUUAAAAUAUCUUUCACUCUAUUCAUUGCUCAUACUGGUGGCACAGAUCAAGGGGUCCCAUUAUCUAAUGGUAACAGCCAAUCCCAUUCUAGCUUUCGAUAAGCAAUUCUUCUAAUGUUGGUCUAUUUGUUAACACUCGCUGUUGUUUAAGGAGCACAUGGUUUAUUUAAGGGGAUUUGUCAAGUUGUGUUUGUUUUUUACGUCAUGAUAUUUUCUCCUUUUUUCGUCUUCGUGUUUUAGAGUUUAAGCUGUGUACGUGUCGGGACAGCACUGCCACCAGUAAGAGAACCCAUAAUGCAAAAUGAUCUACAUUUAAAAAAAAAAAAUUACUUUGAAAGGUUGCACAAUGGAAAGGAAAGAUGCAUUUAGACAGAAUUGAAGAAUUUCUAAUAUGUGCAGCUAAAACCAAAUUCUAACUCCAUUUUCACAACAAUAAACUGAAAUUGGCCUUUUAAAGGGGAGCUUCCAACUGAGAAUAAUUUCUCUAUAUGUCGAACUUGUAACAUUAUACAUUUAAAUGUCUCGCCCUGCGAAUCUGAAGAUUUAUUUAGUACAUUAUUCACACCUCUACGACCGUGUAAACCUCAGUGAUCGUAUCAUGUAAGAACUUCCUUUAAUGUAAAUGUUAACAGAACAAACGCUGUAUGCCCACGCUCACACCCAGCAGACAAACUAACAAACAUUAAAUGACAAUCACCGAUAAUCACCACUAAUAAGGCGUAUUAUCGCUUGAUCUGGUAAGGCUGACCCAGUACUGAAAUGGUGAAACUGGUGAUUUUACUUGUUUACAAACUUUUAUUUAAUUCUCUUUUCUUUAUUCUCUUUUGAGCUUCCUCUUUGUGGUUUGAGCUGUUAUUCUUCUCAGUUUCCCUAAAUCUGUCUUUAACCUCCCCUCUGUAUCUCGGCAUGCUUGGUCAUUAUAAAAUGGAAUUGGUAUCUGGCCUAGUAACAUCCCGUAAAACGUGGACGUGGCGGCUGCUGCAUGGCGGAUGCCAGAUUCCUCGGCUGGAGAAUACACAGUCCGGUUACUAGUAAUAAUUCUGUAUUAUUAUUCUGGAUCAAUGUUAUAACCUCUUGACAUUGGAUGACGGCCCGAGAUGUGGGUUGUGAGCGAUGCUGGUGGCAUUUGUGUAACUGGAGGUAAGGCAUCCAGGGCCGUUUGCAGUAUGCGUUAUCUUGCAGCCAUUGUGCUCAGCCAGACUUGCGCAGAGUGAUGUAAAAACAACCGCGGGCAUGCAUGACCGCCACAAACAUUUGAUGUUAAGUGUCUUGUUCUGAACGAUGUCAGGACAAAAACCUGGGACAGUGUGACUCGACGACAUUAGCAGCUAUGGCAUCCCCUCUAGAUUGUAAGCUCUCUUUUUGUUUCUUAAUAUUUAUCCCUGUUGGUAUAAUUACCAGUGUUAUGUUUGCAUAAAUUGUAAGACGCUUUGGAUAAGAGUACUAUAUAAGAACUUUUUAAAUAAAUAAAAUGUUUAUUAUACUGUGGCUCGGUAUAAAGGCACCAGGCUGGAUGUGUACAAAUCAGCAGGAACAUUACAACAUCAAUCCCUUUACAUAUCGUAUAAUUAUUAACCCACUGUAUCCACACCUUUACCCCAAUGCAGACAGUAAUGCUUGUUUUGGGACUGAAAUGGAAAGGCUUAGUCCAACCACUGUGCCCACUUCUGCUUUUUGAAGUGGUAGUGGUGGUAGGAGGCCAGGAUGUGCAGUGUUUCAGCUAGAUUUUUGGUUUGAUUAUACUGACACCAGUCCAUGAAUAAGUGUUGCCUUCAGCAUGUAAAUAUCCCCAAAACAUUGCAUGAAAAGUGCUGGCCAUGAAAUUUGGUGAUAUGCCUUUAACCCCUUAAGGACACAUGACAUGUGUGACAUGUCAUGACUCCCUUUUAUUCCAGAAGUUUGGUCCUUAAGGGGUUAAACGUUUUCACAUUGUGAGUGCACUCAUGGUAGCAGUUUGAAUCUCUAUUCAGAUAUAUUGCUCUACGGUAUGUUCCGCUGUUGUUUUUUUAGUAUCUCCCCUGUUGUACAAUAUGAUAUUACGCCUGUAUUACAUAUGAAGAAAGCUUGCUGUUAUUAAAGGGAAACUAAAAACAGGAAAAUGAACAAUGUUGCAUCAUUUUAUAUUUCAGAAUACAAGUCCUCCAAUUGCUAUUAUGAAAUCCCCUGGUUAGGAUGUUGCAUUGAAUUGCUGGUGUUAGGACACACUUAUCUCCCCAGCCAAGCAAUGAGGCUGCAGGCGUUAACCCCUGCGCAUGUUCUCUAUAACUAGCUGGGGACAAAUGUAAAAUCCUGUUAUAUAGUGAAUGCAAUGACUGCAAUGCAUCUGACCAUAAAGAAAUUCACAUAAAGGUGCAGAUUCACUAAACUGAGAAACUAAGAUUACAAGAGAUUUGAAAUUCUAGGAACAUUAAUAAAAUAAGAGAAAUUCAGCAAUUUAGCUGUUUCUUAAUUUUUCCCAAUUACAUGUCCAAUCAAUAGACCCCAUUGUGGUGUGGGAGCCGUGGGGAUAACGCUUCACUUAAAUGACACGUUAUGGGAAGAGCCAUACGACACAGCACACAGCAAACAAACACACAAAUCACCUUACCCUUUCUAGUGCGGGAUGUUUGCUCAGUGUGUUUGGAAUUAAUAUAAUAAUUAAUUUUUUUAUGAAAUGCCUCAGUUCUGAUAUACAGAGCAUUAAACGACCCAGGAAAGCAUGGUUCUGUUGUUUGAUGGAGAAUGGUGUUUUUCAAUGUUAUUUGAGGGGUAGUGUCAUGUUUAAACAUCCUGGGAGGUGACUUUCCCAUGCCCACAAUGCCAGUUUUUCUUUGUGGGGGGGCUUUGUGUAUGGAAUCAGACAAUUUAGACAUCACACGUUGCCACAGAUACGAGAGACACUUCUCCGAAAAUGCAUAAUGUGAGAUUUGCUACAAUUCCCCAUGGAAUCCAUCCAGGCCUUUCUGUUCAGGCAGCUUAACGCCUUAACCCCAUAGAUACCAAGUGGCUUCAACGGAGAGCGGAGAGAGGUUUUACCAAAGAAAGGGCGGCGUACAUUCACAUGUAUUAUGCAUCAGUCUUUGUGAAUACUUUCCUACAGUGUCAGCAAUGUUUUUACAGAAAAAAACUGCAAUAAUUCUGGGUUAAAAUGGUAAAUGUGAAACGGUCACCAGAAAUUUAGCAUUUUGUCUCAGACUUGCCUUGAUAAGUAUGGCAGUUUUUUGGGGUUUAUUCGGUGCACACCACAAGACCAUAUUUACCCUCCAUGCUGCUCUAUGGCCGGUGUCCUGUAUGCACCCCUCAGAUAUAAAUAUUCACUAUUCAAUCAUACCCCAAACUAGUCAUAUAAAUGUAUCCAAUCUCAUACUCCAAAGUGUGUGUGUGUGUGUGUGUGUGUGUAUAUAUAUAUAUAUAUAUAUAUAAACAUAAAAACUUAAACGUGAUGUUAAAUGGGACACGUCUGGGAGAGAAUGUAUGUGUGUGGAGGCUGCAUGUUAUCUUGUAUGUUUGUGGGAUUGCUUGUUCAGAGAUAUUUGAUGUCCCCUCCACCGGCCUCAUGUGUUUAACACUGUAACGUGUUGUUUCCCACCAUAGUGUGUUGUUUUUUUUAAUGGUUACAUGGGUUUUGUAAUAGGAUUAGGCAAUUUCAAUUAAAGAAGCACUGUACAUUUAUGAUAGUAUUUAUUAAACUACCAGUUCCUCCCAUGACUCGCUUGCUUGGCAUGUGAAUGGGUAGUUGUAUAGGUUUUGAAUAAUAUAUUAAAUAGCAAGCAUUUAUCCAUAUAACCCUUAUUUACCUAGGAUUCCACUUAUUGUAAAAUGUGAUGCCUCUGAUGUCGCUAGGCCCAAUUCUGUAAAACUUGUGAUAUGUCAUUUUUCAGAAUGAACAGACUCAUGAGAAAAUGUGACCACAUAUUCAUUUCUUGUAAUACAGAUAACCACUGCAAAAAAAUAUGCAGAUUCUAAAAUUUGCUCAAAUAUUUUCUAAGCCUAACUUACCUUUCAUUAGCUGUUGAACUGGAGCAGCAUUGGCUAGUGACAAUGCCAUACUUUGUUGGCCAGCACUUACGUCCUUGUUAGUGCUGGGAUUGUCACCCAGCCAUGGGCAGCCUGUCCACGGUGUCUGGGGUUAGAAUGCUUUGUAACGCAAAUUUGUACAAACUUUAUAUUGUCAGCCAGGAAGGGAUUCUUCCAGCUGGCUGAUUGACAGCCCAGGGAGGUGGUGCUGAGAGUGACUUUUUAAGGUUAGCUGAAUAAUCAAAAAAUAGCAGCAGCAUUCAUGAUGUUUGUGGUCUUUGAUAUGUUAAUUAUUUGUUGCAUUCUGUCUGCUUUUUACAACAACCACAUACAUCAGCAGCGUUGGAUGAAUACUUCCUAAAACAUGAAAAUGAAAUGUGCCAGAUUUACUUUUUUAAACAAAUGUCUAUUUUGUGGCUGGGCUCCCCUGGCGUGCAGCAUUUAACCAGUUUUGUCUUUAUUUUUACAUCAGGUGAGGCGCGAGAAUGGCGAGCAGCGCGGUGCUGAGUGAGAAUCUCCCCACAUAUAAACUGGUGGUGGUUGGUGAUGGAGGCGUAGGUAAGAGUGCGCUCACCAUACAGUUUUUCCAGAAGAUUUUUGUCCCGGAUUAUGACCCCACCAUAGAAGAUUCCUAUCUAAAGCACACGGAGAUCGAUGGGCAGUGGGCUAUACUCGACGGUAAGAAAAUAUUGUGUUCUUUAUUUCUCUGUAUUUAAGUCUUUACGUCCUAUUUUAACAUUGAGAAGGUAAAUCAACCUCCCGUACAGCCAUGCAAACUUUGUGUAUUUGCACGACCUGCAUGCAAACCGCGUCCUUUGCCUCUCACGUUAAGACUUAGUACGCGGAAUGGGAUAUGGGCGGGGUUUGUAUGUAACCACACCCACAUUUGCACUCGUGGCCAGGUGUCUGGUGUACCUUGAAGGGACUCCUGUUGCGCAUGUCCCAAUAUUAUAACCGCGCCAUCUUGUGUUCCUUGACACAGUCUAUGCAGGCAUAUGCAACCUUUGGCACUCCAGUUGUUGUGUACUACAUCCCCCAUAAUGCUCUUACACCCACAAUGCUGGCAAAGCAUCAUGGGAGGUGUAGUCUAAAACAGCUGGAGUGACAGAGGUUGCAAAUGCUUGGACUCUGGAGUCUGUUCCGCUCUUCCAUCGAACAUAGCGUAAGUGACAUAAUUGGCUGAACGCUUUUCAUCUACCUCCUGGUCUGAACAAGCUCACUGCAGCAGUUGCAAAUCUUUGGUAAUCUACUCAACAAAUGCCAUUCAGCUUCUGCAUGAAGUAUACAUCACUCCCAGCUCUUAUUGGACUUCCACUACCAUCACACUCAGCUAGUCAGAGGCCUUUAUGGAAAAUAUUACUCUUCUUAUGUGCGGCUGUAACUCCGUCAUUACCAAAUUAAAUUGCAAGCUCUGAUUCCUCGAUCUCAUUCCCACAGCUAUGUAGCGAGUAGUUUCCCUCCCACUGGUUUGGGUUUCGUUUUAGUAUAAAAAUAAAAUGAGUUCUGAAAGAUCCAGGAUCAGGUACAAAUACCAACAUUAUAUCAGCUUAUUGUGGCUGCUCCGGAGGUGCGGAGUGGACCUAUUAAUCAAAAACGGUUUGACUGAAGAGCUUACAUUCUACCUGCAGUGUAGAUUAUUGCACCAAUAAAAAAGUUUAGCAUUUACUGUAAAUUCUCAUUCUUUGCAGCCUGUGCUUUGAGCUCAUCCCAAACCAAUAUGUGACUGAGCCAGUUAUGGUUCUCACCUAGCUUUCUACAAGCAAUGUUUAGGGUGCACUGCAAGGUUUUCUGGGAGUUGUAGUUCAUUUGUCAGCUUUCUGCUGCAUAACACUAAUAGACCUCUUAAAUUCCCAGAAACAUUCACAGGAAGGAACUGGAAGCCUUAAAGGGGCAGUGACAUCGUUUCUGUUUUAGGUUUCAGUGUGCUUCUAGUUGUCUUGGCACAGACAAGGUAUACCAUGCAAAUUGAUUUAACUCAUCUAGAGCAAUGUGCGCAAACAGCAUUUAAAGGAAUGGCUGAGGAAGCUGAGCGGAAGCCAGUGCAUGAAUGGGCACAAUGCUCACCUUGACAUCACAUGCAACAGAGCCUCUGCUGUGCUUCUCACCCCCCAGCUUGCUUGUCCGUAGUGUUUACUGCGAGGGAACGAGGCACUGUCACUUUAAGAGAAGCGCUGGUUUAUCUAUAAACUGGUCUUUGUUUCUAUGAGAUUUGAACGGAAGCCGCACAUUAGCAAUUAAAGCUUUAGUUACCUUUCUCCUGCAUGGUUAAAGGAAUAUUAAUAUUUAAAAUGAAAACACUUACUGCUGUAGCAUUGCUGGCAUUUACGAAACCCUGACACUUAACUACUCCGUUGCUUUUAGUCUAAUACUAUGUUGCCAGGAAUUCAUCUUGUCCAAUUUACAUGUAAAAGUUUCUGCUUAAAUCUCUAUCCUGCGAAUAGUGGGGUUAUUUUGUUUAUUUGAAGCCGACUGCAGCUAACAGUGAGCUCUCACCAAACCAGGAAGUGAUUCACCCAGUGACCCUCACUUUCUAUAGCACUGCUCAUCAUAUCCCUGAAGCAGUGCUAAUGGUGGUGCCCCCCAGUAAUAUUUGUGGUCUUGCUUUGUGAAUUUAAAUGGCAACAUUUUCCAGGGUGAAAAGGAAUCUUUGUACAAUGAGUUAAUAUGACCAAUAUUUAGUGAAAAAUUUUACUGCUAGCAAGAAGUGCAAAGCCUUCUCUAGUGUUGAAAAGGUUAAUUUAUAAUUGCACACAGAGUAUGCCGCGCCUGGCACUGGAACGGGCAGGGUUAUUGCAAGCUGCUGAGAGAGGGGAAGUCUCCUGGCAGCAGUGCCGGGGUUAAUUGCUUGCACAUCACACUGUGGCCGAGCCAAGAAUCUCUCCUUUAUCUGAGCCACUCCUAAAAUAUCGCCCAUAGCCCAGCCGCACCCUCUCAGCCCUCGUAACCUGCGCAGACAAGUAAUCUCUGCAGAAAUCAAAACUGCCAUCAGAAACAGACCUGGGGAACCGGGGAGUAGGGGUGCCAUGGCUUUGCCAAUGCAUGUACUGGCACUCGUUCACUGAAGAGAAUAUUGUCAGGAAUUCAGAGUGAACAUCUAUAACCUGCUCACUAUUAGCAAAACUCAGAAUAGGGAACUGGCAAACAGAUGGUUCGAUGAUUCACUUUAAUUUUAUCUGUCCGCUAUGCUUUAAUUUAAGCUACUCUGGUCUUUGAUUUCAAAUUCACUUUGAAUUCUCAUUUGGUGAAUAGCACUGCAUAAUUCCUGGCAAUGCAUCCUUUAGUAAAUAACAAAUCUCUAUCAAAAUACUUAAAUAUACAAUGCCAUGCCUUCUAAAAUCCUUUGUACACACAAGGGGAAAGAGCAGGACUUGCAGGGCAAUGGUCACCUCAAAGCAAUUAAUUUAAUAUUUAAUAUUGCGGAUUACUAGAUUUAAAAAAUAGUUUUGAGUUGUCCUUUGAAAUAUAAACAUAACGAGACUAUUCUAACAACAGAAACCAGAUCUAGAUUAAUUUCCUAAAUACAAAAGGCCCAUCGAGCUCGUUCGCAUCGAGGAAAAUAAAGGGGGGAAAAUGUAAAUAUCUCUCAGACGGUAAAAAAAUAAUGGAAUAGUUCACAUUAAUUCAAUAUUUUAUCUGAUUUACAAAGUUAUUUACUGGUGAGAAUUUAAAGUGGAUUUCAACUUUAAGGCCAAAGUAGCCAAUCUGGAAAAAGUCUCCAAGAUGAUUCCAGUUUUUGCUAAUUUGGACUUAAAUUUGGGAGUCUUUUUGAAUUCACCUUGAAUUCUCACUUUAAUGAAUAAACCCUUUUUAAAACUAAGAACUGACCGGGAGAACAAGGACAUGGCAAAUAUUAGGUCAAAUAGCUGAAACUCGCUAUUUUGCCUGCUCAGAUUUGCAAUCCCUUCAUAAAGUCUUUACAAUUCUCGGUGAAUUAGAACUAACCUCUUUUUCUGAUUCAGGCUGGCUCGGGGCUGGUUUUAUUUAGGAAUUUAAGCAAUGAUAAAUUAUCAGAACUACUACCAGCCAUUUCUGUCGGGUUAAUUCACUAUACAUGGAUUUAUAGUGCACUAAACGAAUUGGACUGAAUUUCGAAUUUUGGAAAAAGUUUCCAACUCCACCGCAGUCACCGUUCAAUUUCAAGUUGUGACAUCGGAGCACAAUGGAGACCCAGGUAAGGGGUACUGUAUUGUUCCCAUUACCAGGGAACAUCUCACAUUAUAGCCCCUGCAUCAUGCUGUAGUGAUUACGGUGCUUGAAGUUACUGUUCCCCAGUAAUAGGCCAUUCUGUAAAAUUUAAUUUGCACAUAAUUUACCUUAAGUAGCCCAGAACUAGUUUCAAGCUGGCUGAUGACCCCCUCAGGUGCUUCCAGAGGUGGCGUUACGCCUCCAGCAGCAGACGGGUUAAAUGCCGUAAUGGAAUCUGUAUCUGUCACUGUAUCUCUUCUGUGAAAGUAACGGCUCUUUAUCUGUCACUGUAUCUGCAGUGAAUGUAACUGGAUUGUAUCUGUCACUGUAUCUCUGCAGUGAAUGUAACAGAAUCUGUAUUUGUCACUGUAUCUGCGGUGAAUGUAACAAAAUUGUAUCUGUGACUCUAUCUCUGCAGUGAAGGUAACAUAAUCUGUCACUGUAUCUCUGCAGCGAAGGUAACGGAAUCUGUCACUGUAUCUCGGCAGCGAAGGUAACGGAAUCUGUAUCUGUCACUGUACCUCUGCAGUGAAGGUAACAGAAUCUGUCACUGUAUCUCUGCAGUGAAUGUAACGGGAUUGUGUCUGUCACUGUAUCUCUGCAGUGAAUGUAACGGAAUCUGUCACUGUAUCUCUGCAGCGAAGGUAACGGAAUCUGUAUCUGUCACUGUACCUCUGCAGUGAAGGUAACAGAAUCUGUCACUGUAUUUCUGCAGUGAAUGUAACGGGAUUGUGUCUGUCACUGUAUCUCUGCAGUGAAUGUAACGGGAUUGUGUCUGUCACUGUAUCUCUGCAGUGAAUGUAACGGGAUUGUAUCUGUCACUGUAUCUCUGCAGUGAAUGUAACGGGAUUGUGUCUGUCACUGUAUCUCUGCAGUAAAUGUAACGGGAUUGUGUCUGUCACUGUAUCUCUGCAGUGAAUGUAACGGGAUUGUGUCUGUCACUGUAUCUCUGCGGUGAAUGUAAGGGGAUCUGAAUUUGUCACUGUAUCUCUGCAGUGUUAGACACGGCUGGACAGGAAGAAUUCAGUGCCAUGAGAGAGCAGUAUAUGAGGACUGGCGAUGGCUUCCUCAUUGUGUACUCCGUCACGGAUAAAGCCAGCUUUGAACACGUUGAUCGCUUCCACCAGCUCAUCCUCCGAGUGAAAGACAGGUGAGUGCACCUAGUAUGUAUGCUAUUGCCAAUUUCCAUCAUCCUCUGGACUUCAUACAAGGGCUGCAAACACUAUAUAUUCAGCCGGAUGAAGAGAUUUAUUCCGCCAGUGUGGAACCGGCAAUGGGUGUAGUUUGUUUGUCCAUUUCGCAGUUCCGUUUUGUUACUGCACCAAUCUCAUGUCUCGUCUUUAUAAAAUACUCGUUUGUUGGGGAGAGGAGGGCGACCGUGCCGAUUUAAUCUGUAAUAUGCCAUUAAACUGUGAUAACCAUUUAAAGAUACCCUGUCAUACUUUGACUACCAGAGGAGCCAUCAUCAUGUUCAAGGCAAUUAAACAGAUCUCUAGAACACAUCCAAUUCUGUAAAUAUAAAGUGUGCGUGAAGACGGUAAUGAUUGUGAAGCAUUGUUGUCUUCGUGCAGUUAAUUAAGCCCAAGUUUCUCCUGUUUGUCUUACAGAGAAUCUUUUCCAAUGAUCCUGGUGUCUAAUAAGGUCGAUCUUAUUCAUCUCAGGAAAGUUUCCAGCGAUCAGGGGAAGGAAAUGGCAGCAAAACAUAAUGUAAGUCACGGUAAUCGAGGCUGUGAGCAGAACAUAUGGGGGGCAGUAUUACACUGCAUGGAGGGAGGGGGCAGUAUUACACUGCAUGGAGGAGGGGGCAGUAUUACACUGCAUGGAGGGAGGGGGCAGUAUUACACUGCAUGGAGGAAGGGGGCAGUAUUACACUGCAUGGAGGGAGGGGCAGUAUUACACUGCAUGGAGGAGGGGGCCGUAUUACACUCCAUGGAGAAGGGGCAGUAUUACACUCCAUGGAGGAGGGGCAGUAUUACACUGCAUGGAGGAGGGUCAGUAUUACACUGCAUGGAAAGAGGGGUCAGUAUUACACUGCAUGGAAAGAGGGGGCCGUAUUACACUGCAUGGAGGAGGGGGCAGUAUUACACUGCAUGGAGGAGGGGCAGUAUUACACUGCAUGGAGGAGUGGCAAUAUUACACUGCAUGGAGGGAGGGGGCAGUAUUACACUGCAUGGAGGAGGGUCAGUAUUACACUGCAUGGAGAGAGGGGGCCGUAUUACACUGCAUGGAGGAGGGGGCAAUAUUACACUGCAUGGAGGAGGGGCAGUAUUACACUGCAUGGAGGAGUGGCAGUAUUACACUGCAUGGGGGGACCCGAUUACUCCAACCAGUCCCUGCAGUGUGAGGUUUGGCAGGAAGUCAGGGACUGGUUGCAGGAGGCAGUGGGAUGCUCUGCAGCCUGCAGAGAUUGGUUGGAGGAGGCAGUGUAAUGCCCUGCAGGGACUGGUGGGAUGCUCUGCAGGGACUGGUUGAAGGAGGCAGUGGGAUGCUCUGCAGGGACUGAUUGAAGGAGGCAGCACAAGAUAAAACACAGUGAAUGUUGGUGUUGUAACCUGUUGUAACCUGUAUGUAACAAAUAGAAAAUGAUGAAAAUUUAAAUUUUAUUUUCAGAUCCCUUACAUUGAAACAAGUGCAAAGGACCCACCCCAGAACGUGGACACGGCUUUCCACGACUUGGUACGAGUCAUCAGGUGAGAUAUAACCAGUUAGCCAUGUCUGUGACCGGCCUACAGUGACGUCAGACUGAAAAAAAUGCUGUUUUCCUUUUCCUUCCCAAUUAUUCACACUGUGUUUUAUUCCCAUUAACAGGCAGCAAAUUCCAGAGAAAAUCCAGAAACGUAAGAGGAACACCAAGUGGCGAGGGGACCGUGGUACGGGUUCUCACAGGCUGCAAUGUGUGGUCUUGUGACAGGGCGUUGGAAUCUUAAAACAGACUUAUGAGCAUUAGUGUCACUUGUACAAGGACUGUGCCACGUCAAAAGCUACCACUAACCCAGGCUGCCUCACACAAAUGAAAGCCAGGUCCACAAAGAAUGCUCCGGUCAUUGAGCGAGCUACACGUGCAUCAAGCAGGCCUUCCCUCCCCCGACGUCAAAACUGUGGAGUCGACAAACUUGGGUCCUUUUUUUUUUCCGCAGUCUGUCUUUCCUCACACAUCAUCACUUUCUAGAAGACAGAUGCAGCCUUUAUUUGCUAUUCUUAUUUAACCGUGGUACAUACAUUUGAGGUUUUUGGGGUUUCUGUCUCAGGCCGAUGGCAUGAGUUAAUUCAAGUUCUCCUCACUGUAGGACCCAGAGAGGAUUCAGCGUUCUUUGCGGCUGCAGCAUGAAAAUAUUAAUGGUUUUCCAUACUGGGAGGAAACAGCCUUUUAAUCCUGCCAACCGGAAGCUCAAUUUGCAUUAAACGAUUCCCGGCAGAACAGUUUUUUUUUUUCUCUUCUUGUCUUCUCCUGACCUCACACCACGUGUCUCUGUGUCUUGUAGUUUACACAUUCAUUGGCCACGUAUCCCGUUAAUUAACCUCCCAAUAGGGUUCGAACAAACAGCACUUUGAAGACUUUCAUACUAAGAGAUCCAGUCAGUUUUUGGACAUCUUCUUGCAUUAGGGCAUCAGAAUUCCAUCAACCCCUUGUAGAACCAGGAGGGACAUCCGUGCAUUCAAAAGGCUUCUGCACUAAAGUCCUGUCCGUUCCGAAAGCUGCCAGAAAUGCUGCACUAGAAGCCUUGCCUCGAAUACCUCCUGCUGUGCUAAGAGAACCUGGCCCUAGGACCCACUUUAAUGGGGCACUCAGAGCACCCAAAUGUCAAAUGAAAUGUGUGUUACGUUACCGUUAGUGCUUACAGUGCAUGGGAGGAGGGGGGGUGGGGGGGGGGGCUUUUUAUUUUUUUAUGUUUCGGGUGGAUUAAUAAUUGAUCAUUUUACUCUUUGUACCCCUUCCAACCUUAGCCUUUCCCUUUUUGUUUCAGAACAGUUAACUUCCUAUAGAAGAAGCUAAUAAUUGAACUCCCAAAAGCUUGCUGUGCCCUUACCCGUUGUUUGUGGGGCAAACUCAGUAAAGCCUAGAACGUUAAAGGAGCCUAGUGAUUGGCAUUUUCUGGUUUAGUUAGAGCUUACUGAAGAAGCUGCAAAGAAUGUGUUUUGCAGCAAAUGAAGGAACUUCAAAUGUGAGCAGCUUUUUAUAUUUUUUUUAUUGUUUUAAACUUUUUUUGCAUACAUUUUUUUUUUUUUUUAUGCAUUCAAAAAUAAUGGGUCAACCUGGAAUCGUCCAUUGAAUUAAACGUACGUUCAAGUUGCGCAGUCACUUUAUAUAUCCUUUAUGGUGAGAUAUUUACUGUACAGGGAUCUCCUUACUGUUAUUUCUGUAGGUUUUACAUCGCAAGGAACUAACUGGACAUUGAUGUUUUAUAAUUUUUCUUUUAUUACCUGUCUUUUAGCUUUUUAUUUUUCAUUUUCUUUUUUGCUCAAUUAAUGCUCAAAGCAUGGAAUAGUAUAACCCAUUUUUGUUUCUAAACUAUUUUUCAUUAAAUUUUUUAAUUUUUUUUACCAUUUGCCCUCUGUUGACCUUUUCAGUAUAAUACGAAUUCAUCCUACCUGGAACUGGUUAUGUCAUUUUUGUUUUUUAAUGUUACAAAAAACCUGAUUAUACAACAGUUAGUGUCAUUUUUUUUAUUUAUUUUUUUAGCCACGCAUUCCACCAAAGGCCUGUCUAUUGCUGUGGUAAUUCACUGUAAAUGUGAUACAUUAACCCAUUUUUAUAUCAAAAAUGUUAAAUCCAUAAAUGUAUUCAUUUUGCUUUUAUUUUUUUAAGCGUUUUGUUUUUUGUUUUUUUUACUCCCCCUACACACACUUUUGGCCUUCCAGUUACAAGAUUGCAAAUUAAAGAUGUUUAGACCAUUUUCUGUGGAUCUCCAGCACACACAGGGUUAACACGCCCAUAUGUAAUGAAUAAGUGCUUGACUAAGAAAUGGCUUCCAGCUGGCGUGGCUCUCUAGACAUUGUGUCAAACCCUGGAAUGGGGCCAAUCUGAGGCCUUGGAGGAGAAAAGACUUUCUAUUCUUCUGUAAUUUUAUUUCAAUCAGCGCUUAUCAAAACAGUUUUAUAAAGAUACAUGGCAUUCUCAGAGAAUGUUAACUGUCUGAGUGCCAGGAGACUCGGAUACCCCUCUGGUAUUUAACAGUAAAAAAAAUUUAAAAAAAAUAAGGGUACAAAGGAAUUUAAUUUCACUGACUUUUGUGAAUGUAUUAACUUAUUUCUAGGGGAAUAAAUGGUGAUACAUUAUUUCAAAAAC